AUUUAUUGGGCAAAGCUCGCCCUUUCAUCUCGAUCCCUCUAUAAUUUAAUCUCUGCGCUCCUUCCUUCGUCUUCGUCUCUCCGGUCGCCGGAACCCUAAUCAGCGGCGAUGCUUCAGCACCAAAUCUCGCAUUCUCCGGCCAGGCUCGGCCUCACGAGCCCCACCAGCUCCAGCUCCCCUUCCCUCCCGAACCCCAACCCCACCAAAUUCGCCUCCGCCGCCGCCGCCGCCGCCGCCCCCGGGGCCACCUCGUCGACCCUGCUGUCUCUCCUCCCGCCCCUCCCGCGGGCCCAAUCGCUCCUACUCCAGAUGUCCUCCCUCGCCUCCAAGCUCUUCGACGUCUCCCCCAGCCGCGCCCUCUGGCUCUCCUCCUUCCGCGGCUCCCUCCCUUCCUUCCUCUCCUCCCAGUCGCCGCCGCAGCCCGCCCAGCCGCACGCCGCCCUCCCCGAUCCGCCGCCGUCUUCGACGAAGGAGAUCCUCUCCCUCUUCACCUCCCUCCAGACCCAGCUCUUCAAGGCCGUCGCCGAGCUCCAGGAGAUCCUCGACCUCCAGGACGCCAGGCACAAGCUCGCCCGCGAGAUCCGGUCCAAGGACUCCGCCCUCCUCUCCUUCGCCAACCGCCUCAAGGACGCCGAGCACGUCCUCGACGUCCUGGUCGAUGAUUACGCCGACUAUCGCCGUCCGAAGCGGUCGAGAUCCGCCGCCUCCGCCGCCGCGGAGGAUGAGGAGCACGGGGACGAUGAUCUCAGCAGCUCCACCACGGUCGCCUCGCGGCUGAAUCUGUCCGACAUCGUGUCCUACGCUCAUAGGAUUAGCUACACCACGUUCGCGCCGCCGGACUUCGGCGCGGGGCAGGCUCCUCUUAGAGGGGCCCUGCCUCCGGCUCCCCAGGACGAGCAACUGCGCUGCUCGCAGCUGUACAGUGUUGAAGACAUCCAUCUGCCCAAAUCGGCCGUCCAGGAUGAUGACAAAGCGGGUAUAUCAAUCGUCGAGCCGCCUCCGAGCACGAACGUGCCGGCAAUUCCAGGGUUGCCUCCGAACAUCAUCAUCCCGUCCGGCUGGAAACCGGGGAUGCCGGUGGAAUUGCCGACCAACUUGCCUGUUCCACCGCCUGGAUGGAAACCGGGCGAUCCCAUCGCAUUGCCCCCGAUGGACGCCCUUCCUGUUCGCAGGCCCGAGGAGCCGCAAUUGCAACCGGUUGGUCCUCCGGGAUUGCAUAAGGAGCCCGAGACGAUACAGGUCCGGCAUGUCGACCUUGAACUUCCAGAUAAUUUCGACGACAGCAGUGACUACAGUAGCGACGACGCGAGCUCCGAAGAUGAUGAGUGAACUGAUGAUAUGGGGUUCUCUGUAAUCAAUUGCCAUUGGAGAAUAAGUCUGAGUGCUCCUUGUAUGAACUUGAUAAUUUAUUCAGAAGGAUGUUUUCUUACUUCCUGGUAA